UAUUUAUGUAGAAGAAACUCACCUCUUCACACACACAAAGAAAGAAAUGGGUUCACUUGCUCAUCUUGUGGAAGACUGUCUAGGUAUAGUCCAAGUUUACAGCGAUGGCUCCAUUUUCCGGUCCGAGGUUACAGAUUUCCACAUUAAAGUCCAUGACGAUGGCUCUGCUAUUUGGAAAGACUGUCUAUUCGACAAGAAACACAAUCUUUACCUCCGACUCUACAAGCCGCGCUCGGCUUCUAAUUCCGCCGUUGCAGCAGCCAAACUCCCAAUUCUCUACUUUUUUCACGGCGGAGGCUUCUGUUUUGGUUCACGCACAUGGCCCAAUUUUCACAACAGCUGCCUCCGGCUCUCUUCAGCGCUACCCGCGGUGGUUAUCUCCCCCGACUACCGCCUGGCGCCGGAGCACCGCCUCCCGGCAGCCAUGGACGACGCAUUCAGUGCAGUGAAAUGGCUACAAACUGAGGCUCUAUCGAACAGUGCUGAUCCAUGGUUAGAUGGGGUUGAUUUUGACCGGGUUUUCAUAGUGGGUGACUCCUCAGGGGGGAACCUAGCUCACCAUUUGGCGGUGAAGCUUGGACCCAGCUCCCCGGGGUUGAACCCGAUCCGGGUUCGGGGUUAUGUGCUGAUGGCGCCAUUUUUUGGUGGAACUGACAGAACCAAAUCGGAAGUAGAGGCGCCGGAACCCUACUUGAACCUGGAGAUUCUUGACAGAUUUUGGAGGCUCUCAGUACCAGCUGGAGACACUGCAGACCAUCCACUGGCAAACCCAUUUGGGCCCUAUAGCCCAAAUCUUGAAUCAAUAAUGCUUGACCCAAUAUUGGUGAUGGCGGGAGAAUGUGAAGUGAUGAAGGACAGAAUUGAGGACUAUGCAAAGAGACUUAAAGAAUUAGGAAAGAACAUUAAAUAUGUUGAAUACCAAGGAAAACAACAUGGUUUCUUUACGAAUGACCCUUUCUCAGAUUUCGCAAACAAAGUGUUGGAAGAAAUAAGAUAUUUCAUGUCAGAAAACUCCCAAGUAAUAGGAUAUUAUGCCAAGAAUAUGUAGGGUGGGGGUGGGGCGGGGGGUAUCUAGAUGUGCUCUAUCUGUAUGCUUGUGUUAGCUUGAAGUACUGUAGAGAAGAAAUUUAGAGGUAUUUGUCAAAGUAGAAUGUCUAUUAUUGAUGAAGUGUGUAAAGAAUGAUGAUUUUAUUUAAACAAGUAAUUUUCUGUGAA